AGCCUAAACAAUAAAAAAAAAACCUGUUUUGUCGCAAUAAUGUAAAAUGGAUUCUUUGUUGCAUCAAUAUUUUGUACUCCAGGAGAGUACAGUGUAAAACGUGCGUCGGGUUUAACAUAAGGUGGGCAGUGACUUACGAUUUUUGGGGGAAAAUUUAAUUCCACCCCACCUCCUCCAUCCCGAUUGGAAACGAGCGGAAUGAUAGCGACAUUCUGACUGAAAUAAAUGUGGUUUUCUUGUCACCCGGAGAAUACACAUCCGAGCUUUUAAUUGUGGGUGUGUAUUUGUGUUUAUUGAGAUACUUUGGAAAAUGUGGAGCAGAAAAUGUUCAGGAGCAUUCUUUCACCUCUGGAAUCCUCACACGGACGAUACAACUGUAUAAUGUAUCCAAAAAAAAAACAAAUCCACAUGGUUUUGAAUUGAAAUCAGCGACAAAAGAGGAUUCCACAUUUCCACUCGUGUACAAUGGACUCUGCUGUCAUCAGUCUGGGAACGCUUAUAAUGAGAAUGGCUGCAAAUUGAAGUAUAGGAGGCAACAGCCUGUUAUCUCUUUGUGUUUACCCACACUGGUUAGAACCCAGUCACUCUGGGCUACCGUAUAGAGAGAGCAUCACGAAAGAGAGCGACCCUGCUUUGCCUUGGGGGUGGGAAGGAGGGAGGGGGAAAAGCUGAGGGAUGAUAUUCUUGCACGGUGCAGCAGGGAACUUGCGCAGUUGGGACUGCGAGGAGUGGAUUUUUUUUUCUCUCUCUCCCGUUCUGCGAGAGAAAGCUCGGAGCCCGGGCUGGCCAGCUGGCGGGGUCAGGGAUGUUCUGGGCUGGAAACAAAAGGGAUGUUUUUCCAACAAAAGGGGGAAAAGAGCCGGAGAAAAAACGCUGGCACCUUCUCUUCUGCGCAGUCUCACACUAACCCUAAAGUCAUUCUGUGAGCACUCACCGGAAGUUCAGCUCCCUGCCAUGACUGGGAAAGAAGAGAGAUGAUCGGUCUUCAGGGUGGAUGAAGAAAUUACACUCUGCCACCCCCACCUUCCCCCCUCCCAAAAACAAAAAAAACACACACACACACACACAAACACUGAAGAACAACAACAAAAGGAGACAGAGAGAGUGAGAGGCAUCGCUUCGGUUCAGUCCGUCCCUGGGCGGCGGCGGCGCUGGCGCUGAUGAUGAGGAUGAAAAGGAACUUUGUGGUUUUCCGUUGGAAAUGGAAAGCUUGAGGCACUGACUCGAGGAGGAGGAGGAGGAGGAGGAGGUGGGAGGGAGGGAGGGGAGGGGGAUCGAACACUGCCCGCCGCCACCUCGAUGGCGAACGCCAGUGAGCUCGAAGAGACCAACAGUUCUCUUCAGAAUUACGCCAUCACCGCCUCCGCCGUCAAACUGGCUUCUCUGGGAUUGAUCAUCUGCAUCAGCCUGACCGGGAACCUGCUGCUCUCCUUCCUCAUCUUCAGAGAGCCGAGCCUGCACCGCGCUCCCUAUUACUUCCUGCUGGACCUGUGCCUGGCCGACAUCGUGCGCUCGCUGCUCUGCUUCCCCUUCGUGAUGAUCUCCAUCAGCAGCGGCUCGGCCUGGACCUACAGCUUGCUGAGCUGCAAGAUCAUCGCGUUCGCCGCCGUGCUCUUCUGCUUCCACGCCGCCUUCAUGAUGUUCUGCAUCAGCAUCACCCGCUACAUGGCGAUCGCCCACCACCGCUUCUACUCCAAGAGGAUGAGCGUGUGGACUUGCGUGGCGGUCAUCUGCAUGGUGUGGACCCUGUCGGUGGCCAUGGCCUUUCCGCCCGUCUUCGACGUGGGCACCUACAAAUUUAUCCGGGAGGAGGAGCAGUGCAUCUUCGAGCACCGCUACGUGAAGGCGAACGACACCCUGGGCUUCAUGCUGAUGCUGGCGGUCAUCAUCGCCGCCACCCACCUGGUCUACGUCAAGCUCAUCUUCUUCGUCUACGACCACCGCAAGAUGAAACCCGCGCAGCUGGUCCCCGCCAUCAGCCAGAACUGGACGUUUCACGGCCCCGGGGCCACCGGCCAAGCGGCUGCCAACUGGAUCGCCGGCUUCGGCAGAGGGCCCACCCCACCGACCCUGGUGGGCAUCAGGCAGACCGCCCACAACCAGAACAAGCGACUGCUCGUCCUGGACGAAUUCAAGAUGGAAAAGAGGAUAGGCAGGAUGUUCUACAUCAUCACCGUGCUCUUUCUGCUGCUCUGGUCCCCCUACAUUGUCGCCUGCUACCUGCGGGUCUUUGUCAAAGCCAGCACCAUCCCACAGGUCUACCUGACCGCUGCAGUGUGGAUGACAUUCGCCCAGGCGGGGGUCAACCCCAUCUUAUGCUUUAUCUUCAACAAAGAGCUGAGGAUUUGCUUCAGAACCCACUUCCCUUGUUUUCAAAGCACACAGACGCCUAGGGAAGCUUACUGCGUUAUUUAAAGACAUGGGAAGAGAAGGGACCCAUCCCCCUUUCUUCCCACAGCAUGAAAACCCACGCACUGCGCACAACACACGAAAAUCCAAUUUAAUCUUAAUGAUGUACAUGCAGUCGUUUGGCGGAUUAACCUUAGUCAGAGGACAGUCACGUCCAAUGGUUUCUGUUUACAUUGAAGAGGUGGGAGAGCUGAGUGGAGUGUUACCAGGACAAGUUAAUCUCUCUGGAAUACGAAUUUAAUGAGGCCACUUAUUAUUGGGAUCGUUGGCCCAAAUUUCGUAGAAUUAUUACCGAGUGUUCGAAAACGUAUAGAUCAGGGAAUUAAAACACAAAUAAGCACUUUCCCCAAUCUCAGAGUGUCGUUUUACAACAAACGAAUUUAAAGUUUGUUCGCUAGCUGCGCUGCCCUUUAAACUCGGCAGAUUAUUCACAAAUAUCCAGAAGACUAAAUCGAACUGGAAUGUAAAAAAAUGUACAAAUCAUAAUUUCAGUGACACGUUUCCCCCUUUCCAAUUUAAGAACUCUGUCUGAUGUACUUUCCCUUUUGAUAUUUUCUUAGCUUGUUUAUCUGCAUUGUAAUAUAUUGGAAAAAAAUGUUUUGACCUUUAAACGUUACUUUUUGCAAUUUCAUAUCUUAAUGUGCGUUUUACAAACUGUCUUUGAAAAACAGAUGUCAAUUUUAAAUUACUUUCUCUAGCUAAAUGUAAAUAACAGUCUGAUGGUUCAGUGUUAGCUGUAGUUAUUGUCAUACAAGUUAACAACUUAGUAAGUUAUAAUGUGCUCAUAAUUGAUUCAAGAUGGUAGCUUUUAUUCCUCUUGUAAUUUCCACGGUUUUUACUUGAAAAUAAAUUUAUUGAGCAGAAGAACAUUUUUCUCUCUCCACAGUGAGAAUUAAAUUAACAGGUAUUCAAAUUAAAUGUACUUUGGGGUGCAUUUUAGUAAAGAUCACAUUUGAUAAUUUAUAUAAUUUAUACUGAAAAGACAAAGCUGAGGGCCCAGUUUUCUGUCUUGAUUCAUAAGGAAUGACAACAUUGAAUAAAGCUGGCAAUUGCAGAAAGAAAGGUGCAAUAUCCAAGAAACUUUGUCAAACAUCAGACUGGAGCUGACACAUUAUUUCAGAUUUUGUCAGCAAAGAUUUAGUUGAAUGGUAGAAUUGACGAGGGACAGAGUAGCCAACUCUUGUUCCUAAAACUUUCCAACUAGGAUAGAAACUGGCAAGUUUGGUGAAGUGCAACUUAAAUCCUACUAAAUUUUCUCACCAUUUUCACACUAUUAUGCAAGAAAUGACUGCCAAAAAUGUCUACACAUAUCAGGUGAAUGUUACCAGAAUAUAGUUACUUUGUUUAGCCUGUUGCUCACAUUGUAAUACAAAUGCUUUAUUGAACAAAUGACUUGGAUUAACAUUUUACCAAAUACUUCAAGAUGUGGUACAACAGACAUUAACAGCUAUUCACCUUCCUAGCCAGAUCAUUACCCACUCCUUUGUCCAUCAGUUCUUCUCCCUCUUUGGGCU